AUGGAACGAAAUUUCCACGAAUUGCAACCCUAUUACUACAAUCCUGAUAUUAUUACACAAAAAGAUAAUUUGGAAAAUAGUAAAUAUGAGCUACGCGUAGAAGAUAUACGUUUUCAAACUCAUUUCCUUGAUGACAUAUCGGAAGACAUACGUUUCGAAAAGCAAUGCGUUGAUGACAUUCGCAAACUGCGCGAAGAAAUUGCAUAUGAGAGGCUACGCGUAGAAGACAUUACCUUUGGCAAGAUGUGCGUAGAAGAUAUCCGCUUCGAGAACUAUUGCGUUGAUAACAUAUCGAAAGAAGAAAGAGAUGUUGAAAUUGUUGACACAACGGAGGAGCAUGACUUGGUGGUGGCUGGCAACAGGUCGACAGCUAAUCAAGGACCAUGGAUCCUGGAAGAAACGAAGAGAGCUAAAGAGGAGGUUAAAGCGGGCACCUCCUCAAUGAACGAGGGUACAAUCAGUAAAGAAGCAAUUGAGGGUUUGGAUAAUGAUUUUGAACAAGCGAUUAUAACAACCACGGGAAGAGAAGACUUUAAGAGGUACUUUAUUCCCCGGGAGAGUCCUCACUUCGGAGGAAGUAGGGUAGAUGGUUGUUUUGUUACAGAUGCAACAAUGAAUCUGGAACCGCCUGAUGAAAGGCAAAAUGUAGAAAUGGCAAUUAAAGACGCUGACGAUAGAAGUAUGACAGUGGAAGAUGCAGUACUAAAUCCAAAGGCCAAGAAGAAGAAACCGAUGGCAUGUCUACCAAUCAAACACAUAGAACAAUUACCGAAAGAGAAAUGCAGUGAAGAGGAGAAUACCAAGGUACAAAAAAAGAAGCGACACAUUAAAGGUAAAUCGUCGUCCACUGGAAAGCUGACAACGUCUUCACGUAAUCUUUGGGUAUCCGGGUUAUCUUCAUUAACGAGAGCCAGUGAUCUGAAAGGUAUAUUUUUUAAAUAUGGAAAAAUUAUCGGAGCCAAGGUGGUCACCAACACCCGAACUCCGGGUACACGUUGUUAUAGCUACGUAACAAUGUCAUCAUCAUCGGAUGCCAGUCGAAGUGUCGCCAGAAGACAUGUGGAUACAACAAAAAAAUAUGAAGACAAGAAGAUACGAUACACAACUUCUAAGACGAGAGACGACAAAUGUAAAACUAUUGAUACAAAAGACAAUGCAUCAAAGAAACCUGAAGUGGAGAAGGAUAAGCAACGCGAUAAAGAAAAGUCAGCAGGAUACUGUUGUAACGAAGUUGCAGAAAUAGUGAUGAGCAAAUUAAUUCAACAUAGAAAGGAGCAUAGUCAUCGUGAACGUCACUUAGUUGGCGAACAUGACACGAUCACAAACUGA